UCCACCCGCUCCUCCCCGUGCCCCGGCUGUGCGCGGAGGCUGCGGCUCGGCCAGGGCAGGCGCGGCGCGCACGGCUGGCGGAGGCGGCGGCGAUCGGGCACGGGGGUCCGGCGCGGGGAGCCGGGCUCAGCCCCGGCCUGCGCCAACCGCGGCCCUCGUCCACCCGAGGCCGGCCUGGGGGGCCCGCAAGGCGCGCGGAGCGCCGAGUGCGCGUCGGGCUGGGCCCCGCACCCCGGCGCAGGAGCGCGGGCGCGGCGCGGCGGAGCGCCGGGCAUGGAGCCGGCCCGGGAGCCCCCCGCGCGGACCCGGCCGCCGCCGCCCCCCGCCGCCCGCCCCGCGCCCGCCCCCGCAGCGCCCAGGCCGCGCUCGCCGGCGGAGGCGGAGGGCCGCGGACCCGAGGGCCUGCUGCGGCGAUCGGGGUCGGGCUAUGAGGGCAGCACCAGCUGGAAGGCGGCCUUGGAGGACACCACCACACGUCUCCUGCUGGGGGCCAUCGCAGUCCUUCUGUUCGCUAUCCUGGUGGUGAUGAGCAUCUUGGCUUCCAAGGGCUGUAUCAAGUGCGAAGCGCCCUGCCCAGAGGACUGGCUGCUCUACGGAAGGAAAUGCUACUUCUUUUCUGAGGAGCCGAGAGACUGGAAUACGGGCAGGCAGCACUGCCAUACUCACGAUGCUGUGCUGGCUGUGAUUCAGAGCCAGAAGGAGCUGGAGUUUAUGUUCAAGUUCACGCGGAGGGAGCCCUGGAUUGGCCUGCGCAGAGUGGGGGACGAAUUCCACUGGGUCAACGGGGACCCGUUUGACCCGGACACAUUCCCGAUCUCGGGCCUGGGAGAGUGCGUCUUCGUGGAGCCCACCAGGCUGGUGUCGACGGAGUGUCUUAUGACCCGGCCCUGGGUGUGCAGCAAGAUGGCCUACACAUGAGGUGGGUCAGGCCAGAGGCAGCUCUCCAGCCAGGCGCCGAGACCUGCCCGCCCCAGGCUGCUCUCCGAGGCGAAGCAGUGAGGAGGGUGGCCUGCGCUCCGGCCCCCAUUCAGGUCCCACAGCCCUGGUUCCUGGUUUCCUUGGCCCCAGGCAGGUCCUGUGGUUCAGCCGUCAAAUCCCACACGCUCAGUAGUGUAGACGUCCCCCAAACACACACACACACACAUGCACACGCCCGCAUGCACGCACACGUCUGCACACGGUCCCUUCUCAAGUUCAGAGUCCACCCUUAGCCACCCCAACAAAUCCCUCCCUGGCCCAGGCCUGGAAUACUUCCUCCGGCACGGUCACAGAGUGCAUUACAGUCAUUUCUCCGGGGUGCUGGGGAGGCAGGGAGGGAGGCCUUCCCCUUACCGGGCCCCCUCCAUCCGCCCUGUUUGCCUCACCCGGGGCUCUCGGGCAGGCCCCUGCCGCGUCUGUGGUGCUGUGGUGUUGGUCACUGAUGGAAUAAAGAGAUGACUGGCGUCCA